AACCCCAAAAUUCACCUACUCGUCUCUCCGCUAUCCCUCUCUCUCGACUCUUUUAUCUUUUCGAUCGUCCCCCACUUUGGGCAACACAGAUAAACAGAGCAGGAUGAGUUGGUGGUGGGCUGGAGCUAUUGGCGCUGCCAAGAAGAAAUUCGAUGAGGAUGAUGCUCCGCGUGGCUUUCAAAGCGUGGGUUUGGUGAUUGGCGUCACCGGCAUCGUCGGCAACAGCCUCGCUGAAAUUCUCCCGCUCUCCGACACUCCCGGCGGUCCAUGGAAGGUUUACGGCGUGGCUCGCCGCGCACGUCCCGAUUGGAACGCCGAUCAUCCCGUCGAGUACAUCCAAUGCGACGUCUCCGAUUCAGAGGAUGCCCUCGCCAAGCUCUCGCCUCUCACCGACGUUACCCACGUCUUCUACGUCACCUGGACCAAUCGGGCCACCGAGAUUGAGAACUGCGAGGCCAACGGCACCAUGCUGCGGAACGUUCUCCGAGCGUUGAUCCCCAACGCCCCCAAUCUCCGCCACAUCUGCCUCCAAACCGGCGGCAAACACUACAUCGGACCUUUCGAGGGCUUUGGCAAGAUCAAACCCCACGAUCCCCCAUACCACGAAGAUCUACCCAGAUUGGACGCCCCUAAUUUCUACUACACUCUGGAAGACAUCCUGUUCGAAGAGUGUGAGAAGAAGGAUGAUUUGACCUGGUCCGUGCAUCGCCCCGUCAUCAUUUUCGGGUUUUCCCCAUAUAGCAUGAUGAACAUACUGGGGACUCUCUGCAUCUACGCAGCAAUCUGCAAGCACGAGGGAAUCCCCUUGAAGUUCCCUGGAAGCAAGGCGGCGUGGGACUGUUACUCAGACGCAUCGGAUGCAGAUCUAAUUGCAGAGCAACAGAUAUGGGCUGCGGUUGAUCCCUAUGCUAGAAACGAAGCCUUUAACAUCACAAAUGGGGAUUUGUUCAAGUGGAAGCAUUUGUGGAAGGUGUUGGCUGAGCAAUUUGACAUGGAAUAUGCAGAAAUUGAGGAGAGUGAACAGAAGCAAAGCAUGGUAGAGAUGAUGAAAGACAAGGGUCCGGUGUGGGAAGAGAUUGUGAGGGAGAAGGAGUUGCUUCCAACCAAACUGGAAGAUGUUGCGCAGUGGUGGUUUAUAGACCUUGUCCUGGGUGGAGAGUCUUUAUUGAGCUGCAUGAACAAGAGCAAGGAACAUGGCUUCUUGGGUUUCAGGAACUCCCGGAAUUCAUUUGUUUGGUGGAUUGACAAGAUGAGAGGUCACAAACUCAUUCCUUAAAGAGGUUCCUGCGGUUGCGCAUUCCCUUUGCUGCUUGCUGCUUGCUGCUUUUUGUGAUUGGGUUAUUAUUUUCUUAGAAGAAUGAAUAAUAUUGGAAUGAACUAGUGUUUCUUAUUAAAACAAAAACCCCUUGGAAUUCAAUCAUGCUCUUUAUUUGCCA